AUGUCAAGCAGGAAGAAGCUUCUUUUGAUGGGCCGUUCAGGGUCUGGGAAGUCACUGAUGAGGUCCAUCAUCUUUUCUAAUUACUCAGCAUUCGAUACAAGAAGGUUAGGGGCCACCAUAGAUGUUGAACAUUCCCAUUUACGGUUCCUUGGGAACAUGACAUUGAAUUUAUGGGAUUGCGGUGGACAAGAUGUUUUCAUGGAUAAUUAUUUCACCAAUCAGAAGGACCAUAUUUUCAAGAUGGUUCAAGUGUUGAUUCAUGUGUUUGAUGUGGAGUCUAAAUCUAUUAAUAAGGAUAUCGAGAUCUUUGUUAAGUCUUUAACCAAUUUACAAAAAUAUAGUCCUGAUGCUAAGAUCUUUGUGUUGUUACAUAAGAUGGAUUUGGUACAAGUCGACAAACGACAACAGUUAUUUCUGAUUAUGAUGGAGAAGUUACAACUGAUAUCUGAUCCUUAUCAUUUUGAGUUGACAGGAUUCCCCACGUCGAUUUGGGAUGAAAGUUUAUAUAAGGCAUGGUCUCAGAUAGUGUGUUCGUUGAUACCCAAUAUGAAUUUGUUUAAUGAAAGUUUGGGCAAGUUCUCUUCCAUAUUGGAUGCAGAGGAGAUUAUUCUUUUCGAGAAGACAACCUUCUUAGUGAUCUCGCUGACCAAUCAGAGUCUUUUACAAGCAGUCGAUUCUGCUCCACCAGAUGACUUGGACCCCAAACGGUUUGAAAAGAUCUCUAACAUUAUCAAGAACUAUAAACAGUCUAUCACCAAGUUAAGGUCCAACUUUCAGAACUUGAUCAUCAAAGGCUCCAAUGGUAACCAUUUCUAUAUCGACGUGUUAACAGAUAACAUGUACAUCAUGGUUAUCUUGAAGGACAAUGAACAACAACCUAAUGCGUUCCAUGAAGAGCUCUUGGUAUUGGAGAAUAUCAAGAAUGCCAGAAAGUGGUUUGAUAAGAUUGAAGUGGCGGUUUGA